GGCUCAAAAUUGGGAAGACGGCCUGGAUUAUUCCUAGCCCAAACAAUUCUGGACUUCGGCCCAUUAUUUAAAGCGAUUGAGUCUGGACCUCUUCUUAGGCUAAGUUUGACUGAAAUCUGGACUUGGGCCGAUAUAUGUAAUGGAGAUGGCCCCUUAACCAUAGUAUAUAAUAAAGUGUGAUAUUGCCCUAAAGUUUUGGGAGAGCUGUGAAGAAGAGAUGGAGGUAGCAGAUGAAGGAAUCGAUCGGGUAGUGGAUUCGAAGGACUUGCAACAGCAAAGCAAAGCCCUAGACAAGCUCACUGAUCAUGUGGAAGAUCGCCAGCUGGAUUCCACUCGUGUUCAAGAGGCCAUGGCAUCAAUUGCAGCAUCCGCAGAAGCAGACUGGAAUGCCAUGAGAAUGAGGGAGAAAGAAUUAGCUGCUGUCAAGAUCAAUGCAGCCGACGUUGACAUAAUUGCAAAUGAACUAGAGUUGGACAAGAAGGUGGCUGAGAGAACCUUACGUGAACACAAAGGUGAUGCUGUUGCUGCCAUUCGGUACUUGCUUCGCUAGAUAGCUGUUGGAGUGAAAAUUUCUUGUUUCUUUUUUUUUUUUUUUUUUUUUUUCUCAAUCUUGAUUUUUGCAUGUUGAAUGCAAUCCAAAUAUAAAUGAUGAAUACAUAGCCACUCUCUGUCAGCUGAACCAAUUCAAAGCCCAAGUGUGCCUAUUGGAAUGUGUCUGCUUAGUGUCACAACAUAUAUCUGACUUUGCAUUUGUGAAGUAGCAAGAGAGCUUGAUACUUGGAGUCUUGGACAUGCCUUUAAGGAACUAAGUAAUGACUAAUGAGGUUUAACUACUAUUUAAGUAA